GCCCCAGAAGCAGGCCUUCAGCACUGGGUGAGGUCUCAGCUUGGAGGUCCAUCAUCCCAGGAUGUGCCCAAGGCCAGGUUGGAUGGGCCCUGGGCAGCCUGAGCUGGUGGGUCAGCCCUGCCCAUAGCAGUGGUUGGGUCUGGGUGGAUUUUAGGGUCCUUUUCUGUCCAAACCAUCCUGUGAUAUUAUGGUUUUACUAUCUGUGCUUAGGCUAGAACUUGCUUGCGGAGAGCUUUGCACAAACCUGCAUAGCUGUAAGAGCAACUAAAGGCCCCAUGGCCCUCCCCUACCUGCACUCAGGUCUGCUGCACCUUGCACUUCCCUCAGUGAGCACAGCAAGCUUUCCCUGACCUGCAGGAGAAACACAGCAUGGGGGUGUGGGCAGGGAGGAUCGCGGGGCCUUGAAACCUCCAGCACAAGGCGAUACCAACAGCCCUGGUGCUGUGAGCAGCUCCCCGUGGAGCACAAUGACCUUGGGGCCGUGAACGCUCUGGGCGCAGCAAGGAACAAGCCUGGGAGGUGUAGACGGCCCUGCUAGGACAGUUGGGAUGGAUGUGCCUGGAUCCUGGAGCACGGCACAAGGAGAACCUCGGGACCAGGUCUGAGCACAGCCCCAGGUGGGCUCCAGCACAGGGGAGCAGGAACCCAAGCACCACCACACCGGCAAGGAGGACAGAGGGUCCCCACCAUCAGCCUGGGCAGCGCUACAGAGGGGUGAGUGCAGCUAAGGGCAGGGGGAUUGGGUUUCAUGCCAAUAAGAGCGUUUUUCUUUUAACCCUUUUCUCUCUUGUUGCUAGUGCAGCUGCAGUCGGGUUAACUUUGGCUGGGUUGUUAAAACCUUUAAGCAGACAAACAGCACGUUCGCCUCUGUCCUUGUUUCUUGUAGUUUUGAAGCAAAGGGUACCCGCUCUGCUCCCCAAACUCACCUCUCCCUACGGAAUGGCAGAGCUGGCUAAUUGGGUUAUUCAGUGGGGUCCCAACCCCUGGGGUCCCAACUCAUGCAGAAGCAUCCAGCAAGCAGACCUGGAGUUUGGCAGGUUAAAAGAAAUGGCCAAGUCGAAACUUUUCUCCCGAAAAUCCCUAAAAUGUGCGGGAGCGUGGGCUGUGUGGUUAGCGGCCAACAGUCAGGCUGAGGAGAAGGAGGCGGCCCAAGCAGAGAUCCAGAGGCUGAAGGAGGAGAACGGCAAGCUGAAAGCAGAGAUAAAGGCCCAGAGGCUGAAACUGGAGGAGGGCAAGACUAGGGAAAGCAUUGCGGCCGUGGAACAGGUGAGAAGCGUCCUGCAGUACCAGGAGGUGUGCGAGCAGAAAAAGGCCAUUAUGAGCGAGAACGUGGCGCUGAAAGACAAACUGGCUGUCAGCACCAGGGCCAUCGAGGAGUUUCAGGGAGCAAUCCGAGCACUGGUGCAGAAAAUACAGGCCCUGAAAGAGAAAGGCGCAGACCACAGAGCUUGUGAGGCCAGGGUGGAGAAGUUAAAGGCAGCGUUAGGGGCAAAGCACAGCACGGCCACCACGGCCCUUGCCAAAACAAGCUGCCAGGGAGGCGGCGAACCUUGGGAUGGAGUUGCAGGGCUCGAUCCAGAGGGCAGCCCCUGUGAGGAGAAGUGUGGGGCUGUGAGCCAGGGUCUGCCAGCUUAUGAGGGGGGGCAGGGGGGUCAAGCAGGCCCCGCUGUGCUGCCUGGUACCCAGGAUGCUGCGAAAAAGGAAAGUGGGGGGAUGGAGGACGGGGAGAGUAGGGGAGAUGGGCAGCUGCAGGCAGAUGGAGGAACAGGGGGGGAACCAAGCGGUGCCCCGGCCCUGCAGCAGCACAAGGCAGCGAGCAGCCGGGCCGCAGGGCCCGCCUGGGCAAGGGAGGAUGGAGGGGGCAGUGGCAAAGGGCGAGGUGGCAAAGGGUGGAGAAACCCCGAGAACAAAAAGGGCUGGGGAGCGCUGCACAGCCCCGGCAUGGCCGCAGCACCGCCCCUGCUCCCAUCCGGAGGGAGGUGGCCGGGCAGGAGGCCGUGGCAGAGCGGCACGGGGCCCAGGCUGGGGGCCAGGAGUAACGUGGCCAGGAGGGAGCUGGGCACCAUGCGAGUGGAUAUAUGGCGGCAGCUGAGGCAGCACGGGGAGGACAUGGCCCGCUGGGAUAACGCCCCGACCAGGGCGCUGCUCGAACGGCUGCUGGAGCUCAGCGGGAGCAGGGACGGGGGCAGGGCUGCGGCCCCCGCCCUCCCCGUGGUGGUGUAGGGAGCAGAACGGGGCGUGGGGGAACCAGGGAGCAUGGAGAGCGGGUGUGGGAUGAGACUGCUGCGAUCUGAGCGGGCAUCGCUGGGGGAGAGGAUGUGGGAGAAUGAGACGUUGAAUUGGGGUGGUUGGUUAUGGGGGCUCGUGGGGUGGGAGGUCAGUUUGUUUUUAGAGGAGGGAAGAUGACUCUUCCAGCAGAAGAGAGCAGGCCUUGCUGUGUUUGCUGCCUGCUGAGCCGCAGGGAGUGAAGGCAGCGGCACCAAACCUUGCUUGGGCCAAGGGAGCAGGGCUACUCCUAGGGGCAAAACCAUAGAAGGAUGGAACAAACAGAUAACAAACGUGGAUGGAGGAUUUGCAAGCAGCUGUCUGAGAACAAGAGCUAAUAAACUGCAUAAAAAUAUGCAAGCAAAAUGCAGCUUCCUCGAUCUUUAGUUUCACCAGAAAGCCCUCUGGCUAUAAAUGUUUUGCACUGGGUAACAGAGGUAACAGCAAUAACAAUGUUUGCUCUUCUUGCAUUCUUCUUCAUGGGUAGCACAGAAAAAUAAGUAUCCAUUCCUAACUAUGAAUGUUACUAAUUGCAUGUUGUUUAGCUUUCUCUUCCCAGAUGUUAUGUUGCUUUGUUAUCAGACUGGCACAGAUGUAACCCUUCACUUCUUCCAGAUCAGUUGCUGCAGUUCAAAAAGGAGAAGAAGGGGAAGAAAUGCAUCCAAUCUAAAGGGGUCUCCACCUCCAAGCAGGGGGAAUUCUGUUUCCCUUGAUGAGGAUGAACACACCUCCUGAUAGGGAUGGUGACUGUGAUUAACAGACUAAUAUUGCAUGCGAUGCAAUGCCUUUAUACGUAACACAGGAAGCAUGGAGCUGUGGCUGUGACUUUGUGAAUGUGUAAGACAUUGUAAUGUGAGUACUGUGAGAAGCUGAGAAGAAAAGGUGAGUACAUUCUGUCUAGACAUCUAGUGUACAAUAAAUCACAUUAAAGUAUAUACAUGUCAUUAAUGUAGCUUUACAAUACCAGAAUGCAUCUUCACGUAGCAUGGCUUUAAGUAUAUUUUAGAGCACCGAUUAUACAUCAGUGGCACUGGGAUGGGUAGAAAAUUAAAGGUCCUCUAGUGAUGUGGAUGUCAAGAUGCUACAUGAGUGUUAUUAUGUAUUGCUCUGCUGAAAUAUUUUGUUUCGUUAAGGAGGAGACGACGAGGUGACUUCAGCAGCUUACACUGGAGCUUGGGAUGAGAGCUGUGCACCAGUGCUGAUGAGAAGGGUAACAGCAAGCAAGAAGCACCUAAACACAUUAAUUGCAUAUGAGAAGGUAGUGGGUUGCAGUCAUCUGUUUAGAACAGUUUAUCCUGUUUUCCGGUGGAUCCAUAAUCAUCUGUAUGGGAUGCAGCUGUGUUUGUGUGCACACCCAAUGCCCAGAAAUCACCUCUGCACAACUAAGCUGUCUGAUCAUACAUGCAUAUGUAAAAUGGCUUGAAUUGAAAUGUGUGGUUUUAAUCGAACAGUGUUUUUUAGAAGUGAUACUGAAAUCACUAGAAACGUUUUAAGUCUGUACUAAAUGAAUUCUAUUAGUGCUUGGUAUGGGUUUGAGCUAUUAUUGCAAAUAAUAGAGCAUCCAGUUUGCACAUUUGUGGUCCCACAGGCAGUAAAACAAGCCACCAAAGCAAGGUUUGCAGUGCACAACAAGAAUGAGAAAGUUGCUGUUAUUACAGCCACACAAAGAAAGAUGCUGAGUGUCACUCAUGGUCUAAAUCCCUCCUCAGCAAGACUCCAUCAGCGACUGAAAUGUUAAUCUAGUACUCUGGGAGUGUAAUCUUGGAUAUUGGGAGAGCUUGGUUAAUUGUGCCCAUUAUCCAGGCUAUUAAAAUCAAAUAUUAAGUAAAUUGUGUGGCAGCUACACAGCAAAGCCAAGAGCUACAGACCUCUCUUCAGACCCACAUGAGGCAAGACCAGAUAGGAAAGAGCAAAUGCCUCCAAGAAGAUCAAUUGCUCGGUCCUGGCCAGGAGCCUUGAGCCACUGGAGGGUUUGCAGAGCCCUUGCUGGACUCGUGUGUGACAGCUCAUGUUCACUGGCUGUCAGAAGGGGUCUGUCUGUAGGCUUUACAGCCCAUGAGGCAUGGUGCUGCCAUUGCCAAGAACACAGCAUGGGCUGUGUUCUAGCCCUGUAAAACAUGGAGAUGGAGGUUUGUCAGCCUUGCUUCGGUUGGAAUUUGCUGUGCAGGGAACUUUGUGUGAACUUGCAUGGUUACAACAGCUAUCAUCUAAUGACCAUCAUCACACACUGCUGGGGUGAAGGUCUCGGGGCCAUGAUGCGUGCAGCCCUCCCUGAUGGCAAAGGGGGGAGCACAACGCAGAGGAAGCUGCAGCUAAAGAUGCCUGUGUGCGUGCGCUUUGACACUGAUAUUGCUAAGGUGUUUUUUAUUGUAUCCCCUAAUAUUCUCUCUAACAUUUUAGAUAAUACAAUUUAUGACGGUCAGAACUAUUAUAAGUGCGUGAGUGAAGACUCUUUGAUCAGACUGUUAAGAGUUGUAAGUAGGCUGCCAAUAAAUUGUGUGCCUUCUAGCA